UCCUCCGGGGCGGCAGGGGGCGCGGCGCGGCGCGGCGCGGCGCGGGGCGGUGCGGGAUGCGGCGGGCGGAGGGCCCCGGCUCGCCGCUGUGCGCGGCCCCGCUGCGGGAGGCGCGCGGCGGGGGGUCGCCGCCGUCCUCGCUAUACCUCAGCUUCUUCGAGCAGGAGUGCCGCGACAUCGUCGCGCGCCUGCGCCAGGCCGCCGAGCCCUCGCCGGGGCAGGGUGACCGCAGCGCGCUCUGGCCCGACGCCGCCGCGUUCGUCACCUCAACGCCGCUGCGGGACUCGCCGCCCCGGGACGAUGCGGCCCCGGACAGCGCCGCCCGCCCGCGCGCGCCUGUCCCUGAGGCGGCCGCGGCUCCGGCUCCGGACCCGGCCCGGGGCGGGCCCCGCCGCCUCCCGCAGCGCGCUGCCGGCGCGUGCCCCGGCUCCCGCCCGCGCGCCCUGCCCCGCACAGCGGCCCCGCGCGGCGCCGCACAGCAGCGCUGCGGGCGGCAGGGCCCCGCGGGCUGCGGCGGCAGGAGGGCCCCGCCGGGCCCGGAGCUCCCCAAGGCCGGGAAGGGGCUCGGGGCCCCGAGAUCCAGGCUCCCGCAGCCCGCAGGUGCUGCCCGUGCCGGAGCACUCAGACAGCCCUCCCGGGGGCUCUCCACAGCAAUUCCUGCUGCGGCUUCUCGCUCCCGGCUGCGGCCUCUGAGAAAGGUGGCUUCCCCCAAGCGGUUCCGCGGAUCAACUACCCAGGAGCUGGUGUGCAAUAGGACCCAAGAGCUGGAGAAAAAUGAGAGCAAAGAAUGGCUGGUUGGGACCGUCCUGGGCGUGGGUAAGGCUGACCAGACGUGGGUGUGUGGGGAGCCCUCUCUUUGUAGUGAGAUAUCCUCUGACCCAGCCCCAGGGUGUGGGGAUGCUGUCACUGCUGAGCAGUCUGCAGGUGAUCAGCUGUCUCAGGAGCUGAAGCAUGUGAAGAGCGAGCUGGAGCGAGUGAAGGGCGAGCUUGCUGACAAGACUGCCCAGUGUGAAGCCUAUCGCCGGACGAUCUGCUCCUUGCAGGCUCGGCUCAGGGCAGCAGGAAUGUGUCUGGAAGAUGCAGCAAAGGAGGAAGGUGGUGACUUGGGGAGAGCCUGACAGCAGCACAUGGAGACAGAGCCACAACAGCCACUUGUUUGCCCACCUGAGCUGCUGGGACAGUGAUACGUGGAUCUUUUGAACUAAUUCAUUUUGCACUCCUUGUAUUUAAAAUAAAGGAUUUGUAUUUAAAACAAA